AUGCUCAAAGUGACGCAGAAAAAAGUCAUGCAGCGCGUAUUUAGACUGGAUUCCGAUCGAGGUCAAAUCUUGUGGGACAGCAAGAAGAACAACAAAGGUGAGAAUAGUGGACCGAGACAAAAUCAAUCUGCUCGAACGGUCAAAAGAUGAGAGUGACGCACGUUGACUAGCGUUUGCAUUGUCCGUCUGCCCUUGCUCGCUGCACAAGUGGAUCUGGAAUUGAUUCGCGAAGUGAGAAUUGGAGCUGCGGCAGCUUCGUACCGCAUCUCCUUGUCCAUCGCAGCAGCGCACGAAUCUCGAUGGAUCACCAUCAUCUACCAAACGGGCGGCGCAUACAAGGCUUUGAAUCUGAUCGCUUUGUCUCAAGAAUCGCUGCAGAGAUGGCGAAGCACGUUGGAGCGGGUCCAGCGUCUCAGAAGAGACUUGAUGGGAAGCGUGGAUAUGCUCAAUGCUAGGCAACACUUGUGGCUGAGGCAACAUUGGAGGGCGGGAGAUGCUAGUCAAGAUGAAAAAUUGGACUUUGAAGAGGUUGUCAGAUUGUGCAGAAGAUUAGGAAUUGAGAGCAGUAGAAAGGAUCUCGAAGCAAAGUUCAAAGAGGCGGACCCCAAGGCAGAAGGAUAUCUCGAUUUUGCCGCAUUUCAGCAAUUUGUCAGCAUUCUCAAACAUCGGGCUGAUGUGGAGGCAAUCUUUGAUGACUGGGCAGAUGCUCGCGUGUCAUUGUCGAUCGAUCCUAAUGGCGGAGGAAAGAGGGAAGAUGAGGAAAUUCAACCUGAAGCGAGCGAGCACACAACCGCUGCGAUGAGCCGAGAAGCCUUUAAGCGUUUCCUAGUAGAAGUGCAGCGGCAUUCGCCAGCCGAUGCAGAAGUGAUGGAUGCCAUUUACGACAAGCAUUGCGAGCCAGCGUUGGGACAUGUGCUCUUCGCAGGCUUCAACUCUUUUCUUCUCUCUUCUGACAACCCUCUCAUUUCGGAUCACAAGAGCGACCUGGCCAACAAGCGGAGUACGGCCAAGGAUAGAUCAUUAUUGGUUCGAGCUAGAGCUCAGACUACGGACGAGCUGCUGCAAAUCGGAGUGUGCGACACGCCCUUGCCUACUUUGAAAGCGACGCAAGACAUGUCUUUGCCCUUGUCGGAUUACUUUAUCAGUUCCAGUCAUAAUACUUACCUAGUCGGAGGCCAGUGGAAGGGCGAUAGUACCGUGGAAGGGUACAUCCGCGCACUGCAAUGGGGCGCACGAAGCGUCGAACGUAAGUCUUGCUGGGUCGCGGCCCUCAAGAUAGUCUUGCAGCUGCUCAGUCUUCGCACUCUGCCCGCCAUCGCAGUGGACUGCUGGGACGGGCCGAACGAUACACCGCAAAUCACUCAUGGGCACACUCUUACGAGCAAAGUGCCGUUUGCGGAUGUCAUUGAAGCGAUCGGAAAGUAUGCCUUUAUCAAUUCGCCCUACCCCAUCAUCCUGUCGCUAGAAGUGCACAACGACAUACCUCAGCAAGACGUCAUGGCUGCCAUCCUCAAGCAGAAGCUUGGCGGCAUGCUCUUGUCGGAGAAAUUGACGGGCAAAGACGGCAAAGAUGCGCUUCCGAGUCCGGAUCGGUUGAAGGGCAAAAUCUUGAUCAAGGUAUGCGUAGCACGACCAAACGUUUGCGUCUGUCUGGGCAAACGCUGACGGCCUGUCUGAUCCCCUUCUUCGCACGCAGACCAAAAACCUCUUGUUGAGUGAAGACGCGCCGAUCAGCGAGGUUGAUGCGGGAAACAAGCCUGCAGCCCAAGGCCAAGGCCAAGGCCAAGCGCCUGCGAUUUCUGUGCCUGCGCACGAACGGGACACGUCGACGGACACCACAGAGUCCGAGUCAGAGGUGCGAUUGAAAGAUUUCGUCCGAUCUCUGACUCAAAGGCGCAGUCGAGAAUCAGCUUUGCUCGAACCCAACUCGAAAGAAAAGUCGAGGAACAAAAAAGUGAUGAUGUCGGCCUCGCUAGCGUCUCUUUUGGUCUAUACCGUGGGAGUGAAGCAUAGGGGAAUCAACAAGAAGGUCAAUUAUGCCAUCGAACACAUGAUUUCGCUUUCGGAAAAGAGCGCCUUGAAGUAUGCUAAGACAGCGCCGGAAGAUCUCAUCAAGCAUAACUUGACCCACUUGACCAGAAUCUACCCUAGCAUGGCCAGCAUUGCCAGAUUGCAUGCCAGCGCCAACUUCAUGCCGCACGAUAUGUGGGCCACUGGAAGUCAGCUUGUUGCGCUCAAUUGGCAAACUUUGGGUGAGUGGUUGGGCAAGGGCAGACUUGCGUCGGAUCUGCUCUGCGCUUGUCUCAUGCCUUUUCUGGUUGUACCGCACGAUAGAUUUGGGCUUCGAACUCAAUCAUGCGCUCUUUUCGCGCAACGAGCGAUGCGGAUACGUGCUAAAGCCGGAAGCUUUGCGCAUCAAGGAGUUGCACAAGAAUUCUCCGACUCGUUUGCGCUUCGAGGUGGAAGUGAUGGUCGUGUCUGCGCAGCAAUUGCCUCGCUUCAGAGACUCUGCAAAGAAUAAAGAUAGCGACGAAGGUUCAGUCAUCAAUCCUUUUGUCUCCUUGUCGAUUCAUGCGCCUUUGAGUUGGGGAGCCCAACCCAGCUUCAAUACGGGACGUCACUCUCGAUCCGCAUCUGCAAGCUCUGGAGAAGGCGGGCUGUUGCGCAAAGUCUCUUCGAGGAAUAGCGCACCUGUUCAACUCCCAGAAGAGCCCGUUAAUGGGCAGAAAAGGAGCAGCGCGGGCAGUGUAGCGGCGAGUAGCUCGUCUAGUCUCAACGUUCCUACUGCCACCGCUGCUGCUGCUUCCACAUCCAAUGCCAACGCCGUCCCGACCACAUCAACUCCUUGCACUUCGGAAGACGUUGCGCAUGCCAGAAUGGCGAGCGCGGAGAGCAACAAGAUCUCAACGCUGCUCAGCUCUUCGCCUGCAUCCAUCAACAACGGCUCAAGACCGUCGAUGGAAGUGAAGGGCAGACACACGAGCACCUCUUUCUUCGGCAGCAACGGAGGGGCCAAAGUUCCCAGCCAAGGCCAGUCAAGCAGCCGCAAUCCAGCUUCGGGUGCACGUACGAGCACGAUCAAGAGCAACGGCUUCAAUCCCCAGUGGCAAGAGACCAUGAAACUCGCGGUGGACUUGCCAGCGGGAGCAUCUGCAGCGUGUCAGGCCCUCGUUCAAAAGGCCGACGAAGCCCUGCAUCAGCAGCAGCAAAAGACAUCUUUGGAGGAGGAGGAUUUGGUGCGAGGAGGGAUAAGCUGGAGAGAAAUGAGCAGGGGACUGUUGGAUCUGACAUUUUUGAGAAUGGAAGUUUGCGAUGAAGAGGCGAAUGGGGACGCUUCUUGCGUCGCGGCUUAUACUGCUAGUCUAGGCGCUUUGCAGCCAGGUAAGCACGCAAUGCGAUCCAGGGCUAUUCCGGGUCUAGAAAGCAGGAAAAUAGCUGAUGAAUGCUUUCCCCCCCUUUGCCUAUCCGAUCCUUGCUUUGGCGCUCUUUGGGACAAUCGCGACUCGCUGCAUUCCUAGGCUAUCGGCAUGUCCCCUUGUACGAUGCACAAUUGACACCGUACAUGUUCUCUACGCUAUUCAUCCGAACGCGCGUAGCCUAUCUGGGCUCGAGCGCGUCCGUGUCUUCUACCCCCACUUUCGCGUCUGUCCGCCAAGCACAGGCAUAG